AUGACACAGGCACCACAGAAAGCUCAGGAGCGUCUUGCUCAGAUUGGAAACCACCUCGGUGGCAGCCCGGAUUCGAAGUCGCCUGCGAAGAAGGGCAGGGCGGGUCUGCUGGAGAAGCACGCCGAUGAUGUUGUCGUCACCUGCGCCCUCCGCACACCCUUCACCAAGGGUGGCAAGGGCGGCUUCAAAGACACCCAGAGUGCCGACCUGCUGCACGGCGCCUUCAAGGCCCUCAUCCAGCGCUCCGGCAUCGACCCCUCGCUCGUCGAAGACAUCGCCGUCGGCACCGUCCUCGCACCUGGCGGCGGUGCGACCGAGUUCCGCGCCGCUGCGCUCGCAGCCGGCUUCCCCGUGACCGCUGCCGUCAAGAGCUUGAACAGGCAGUGCUCGUCUGGCCUGCAGGCAUGCGUCGACAUCGCCAACGCCAUCAAGAGCGGCAUGAUCGAGAUCGGCAUCGGCGCCGGCAGCGAGAGCAUGUCGACCCAGUACGGUCCCAACGCCGUCAGCGAGCUCAGCGAGCUCGUCGAGAGCCACACCGAGGCCGCCAACUGCAAGGUGCCCAUGGGUGCGCUGUCCGAACAGAUGGCCAAGGACAAGAAGAUCUCGCGCGCUGACCAGGACGCCUUUGCCGCGGCCUCGUUCCAGAAGGCCGAAGCCGCGCAGAAGCAGGGCCUGUUUGACGAGGAACUCGCCCCGCUGACCGUCAAGUGGACCGACCCCAAGACCGACGAGGAGAAGACCAUCACCGUCUCCAAAGACGACGGCGUCCGCGCGGGCAUCACCCCGGAGAGCCUGGGCAAGAUCCGCGCCGCCUUUGCUAAAGAUGGCUCCAUUCACGCCGGCAACGCGUCGCAGAUCUCCGACGGCGCGGCCGCAGUCCUGCUCAUGAAGCGCAGCACCGCCGAGCGCCUCGGCCAGACCAUCAUCGGCAAGUUCGUGCAAGCCUCGAUCGUCGGCGUGCCGCCGCUGCUCAUGGGCGUGGGCCCCGCGGCCGCCAUCCCCGUCGUGCUAGAGAAGACGGGCCUGGGCAAAGACGACGUGGACAUCUAUGAGAUCAACGAGGCGUUUGCGAGCCAGUGUCUUUUCUGCAUCAACGAGCUGGGUCUUGAUCAGAAGAAGAUUAACCCCAAGGGUGGCGCUAUUGCGUUUGGACACCCCCUCGGUGUCACCGGUGCGCGGCAGGUCAGCACGCUGCUGACAGAGCUGAGGCGCACCAAGCAGCGUGUUGGCGUUACGAGUAUGUGCAUUGGAACGGGUAUGGGUAUGGCUGCUGUCUGGGUCGCCGAGUAG